GCAUGACAGGAAAGCUUCGAGCUUCUUUCCUUUUUUUUGAAUUUCUUUUUCUUAUUGUGCUACUAUAUACAGAUAUGUAGAAAAAUUAGUGUGAGGGCGACUUUGCAACAAUCAUCAAAGACUGUUUGAUUCUUUUCCAAGAGAAAUGACCCCAAUCCUUAUUCAUUUGUUCCAUCUACUACUACUGCUACACUUUGGUGUAAAAGUAGCAGCUCAAGAUAAAUGCUUGCCAACAAGAUGUGGCGAAUUUGGUCCGCUCAUCCGGUUCCCGUUCCGGCUAAAAAAUCUACAGCCACCUCGCUGUGGCUACCCUGGUUUCGAACUAACUUGUACACCAGACAAUAUUACUCAAUUCAUGCUCAAAUUUCCCCUGUGGGCAUCGACCAACAACAUUGACAUUUCAAUAUCAACCAAUGUUUCUGUUCGUGAAAUUGAUUACAAGUCACAGAAAAUAAAAGUAUCAGGUUUCAAUCCUUUGUGUCUUCCAAGGCAGCUUCCAAACAUAAAUGUGUCUCCUUCUCCGUUCACUACAAUUCAUCAGGAUCCAUAUGUUGGCUACACUUUAUUCAAUUGUUCCUCAGACAAUGCGUACGCUGAUCGGAUCACUUGCCUUAGCGGCCCUCAUUAUGGCGUCCUUGCUUUUGGCUCUUCAAUAAGUAUCUCUUUUUUAACAUCUUCUUGUAAAUAUAUGUACAAUAUUUCAUAUAUCCCAGACGAGGUACUUUUUGGGCAACAAGAAUUAAGUCAAACCCAGAUUCCUCUGCAUUGGUCUGAACCAUUUUGUGGGAAAUGUGAAGCUGAUGGAAACUACUGCAAGUUGAAAUCCAAUGGUUCAGGUAGUGAAACCGAAUGCGUUGACAGACCAGGAAAGCCUAGCAAAGGGCCGUCAAAGGAAGUCAUUGUCGCAAGUGUAUUGGGUAGUUUGUCUGCCUUUGUAGCAGUCUACGGACUUGUCAAAUUGAAAAUAAAGAAAGAGGAUCAAAAAAGGAUUGAAAGGUUUUUGGAGGAUUAUAAAGCUCUCAGACCUACAAGAUACAGUUAUGCGGAUAUCAAAAAGAUUACAAAGCAAUUCAAGUAUAAACUAGGUCAAGGAGGUUAUGGGAAAGUAUACACAGGGAAGCUGACCAAUGAAAUUCUUGUUGCGGUUAAGGUCCUUAACAAUUUCAAGGGCGACGGUGAAGACUUCAUCAAUGAAGUGGGCAGCAUAGGUAGAAUUCAUCAUGUCAAUGUUGUGCGCUUAGUUGGAUAUUGUGCUGAUGGAUAUAGACGAGCUCUUGUAUAUGAAUAUUUACCAAACGAUACGCUUCAAAAGAUCAUAUCAUCAGGGAAUGGAAAAGCGUCACUAGGUUGGGAGAAGAUGCAACAAAUAGCUGUAGCAAUCGCCAAAGGGAUCGAGUAUUUGCAUCAAGGGUGCAAUCAAAGAAUUGUACAUUUUGAUAUUAAGCCUCAUAAUAUCUUGCUAGACCAAGAUUUCAAUACAAAAGUUGCAGAUUUUGGGCUGGCAAAGUUGUGUUCCAAGGAACAAAGUGCUGUAUCAAUGACUGCUGCUCGAGGCACCAUUGGCUAUAUUGCCCCUGAAGUGUUCUCCAGGAACUAUGGAAAUGUGUCAUACAAAGCAGAUAUUUAUAGUUUCGGCAUGUUGUUGCUUGAUAUGAUUGGUGGAAGGAAGAAAUUUGAAGUCGCAAAUGAACAGAACAAUAUUAGUGAGAUUUACUACCCAGAGUGGAUGUACAAACAACUGGAGAAAGGAGAAGAAAUAGAAAUCCAAAUUGAGGAUGAAGAUGACAGCAGCAUAAUCAAGAAACUAGCAAUUGUAGGACUUUGGUGCAUUCAAUGGUCUCCAGCGGAUAGACCAUCAAUGAAAGUUGUGAUUCAAAUGCUAGAAGGAGAAGGCAUUCCCAUUAUGCCAGCAAAUCCUUUCGGCUCUCUAAAUUCGCCAAACAUGGGGGCAACUGCAGAAGGAAGCCAAUUCGGCAGUGAGCUUGGAAGCAGUUUUGAAACUGGUGCAAGUUCGAAUUGAGUAAAUGUAAUACAUAAUUUUUCUCUCCACAUAGAACCGAAUAAAACAGAAGUUCAUACUAGAAGCUACUAUGUCUUUGGUGUAUAUAUGUAUCAAUUUGAUUGUUGUAAAUUGUACUGAAUAGAACUUUGAAUGAAGUUCCUUCCCCUCAAACAAAGCAAAUUUACUAUACAAAACAGCAAGUGAGACUUGCAAGUUGCAACAUGACCGUUUGGCUGUCGAAGAAGGUUUUGCUUGGAAUGGAUUUAAGAUAAGCCCAUACACCAAAAACUCGAAAAAAGGAGUAUUAUGUAUAUUUCUAUUCUACAUACAUAUUUCACAAGAAUAUUGAGUAUGACUUCCAACCAUCUAUUCUAAAAAAUAAAGCCAAAAACCAGCAAUGAGCACGUCAUUAUACAUACUAGCGCGCCAUAAUUGGGAAUCCUAUUACACUAGUUCACUAAACUAAGGUGCAUCUCGUGUAGUCAUACAGCAAAUGAAAAGAUGAAGUUUACACUCAGAUAAGACAUAAUUAGGGAAUUGGUUUAGGGGAAUUGCGGCAAACUGGACAAGAAGCAUUUAAUCGAAGCCAUUCAUCAAUGCAUUCUACAUGAAAGCAGUGUUGGCAUUCAGGAAUGGUUCUUAAGGUUUCCUUGGGCUCAUACUCAGCCAAGCAAAUUGGGCAGAUAUUAUCAUCGGGCUUGGGCAAACGACGGCUCUCUCCCAAGAUAGUUUUGGGAUAGGAUUCUAUUGUGGGCUCAUCUAGGCCCAUUAAUGCAAUGGGCUGUGGUACCACAGUAGAGCUGAAUUCUAGUAUUAGUUGGGCUCUCCUCCUCCUACAAGACCUUAUCCUGCCACAUAUGAAACACAGAAGCCCAAUUAGGAAUAACAUUGCCGGCACCCCAGCUCCCACUGUUAUUGCGUAGCGCGCGCCUUUUGGAAGCCCUGCAAAAUUUUCAAGUCAUUACUUCAGUUAAUAGAAUUGGUCUAAUAUAGCAGCAGAGAAAACAUUAUGUGUUAUAUGUGCUAGUGAGAGUGACAGACAUCUGAUCGUAAAGUUUGAUUUCACUCUUUAUUUUGUUUAUUCGUUUUGUUUUGUUCAACCUCUUUCCUUCGUCACUUUUCCAAUUAAAAUUAAGCAAGAAAGGAAAAAGUAAAGGCAACAUUCCACGAAUGUCGUUAUAACGUAGAAGAAUGGGUGUGUGGUUGCGUAUGUGGGACUGUUGACUCACUCAAACAUAGUACUCCAAUUCCUAAGUCAAACUUGGGCAGAAUAUUGAGUGUGCAAAGGGAAAGGCGUUAGAUAAAAGUUCUUUUUCUUUUUGGGUUAGAUACAACUAUUGAGCGAGAGAGAGAGAGAGAGCAAUGAAACAUAAAGAUACAAAACCGCCACGACGGCCGAAAACAAAGGCAACUAAAAUAAUGAAAAAUGGCUUAAAAAGUCAGAUGAUGGGGUCAGCUGGUGCACAUCAAAGUUCAUCCAAAUAAUCAUUUCUUGCAUCUUUACUUAUCUUUUAUGAUUGAUUUAAAAGUCUUUCGUUGAUAGCUUCAAAUUCCAAUUCAGCAGGCUUAUUACUAAUUCCUAGAUUGCAGCUUAUAAGUUACAGUAACACCAAAUCUUAAGGUGUUCUUUUUUUUUUUUUUAUGGGAUUUAAGUUAUAUGCAUAAAUACUGUAAAAAACAUAGAAUGGAUGUUUAUUAAAUAAUAUUAUCUACAAUCAUAAGUAAUCUGACUAUGUAAAUAUUUUUUUUCACUUUCUCUUUUUUCCAUUCUCUUGAAGCUACUUUCAACCAAAGAAUAUCUCCCUGUUCGGUUGACAUUAACUAGAGCCUAUUUCCCGACCUUGAUGGAUAAAGUACAACUUCAAGUGUUUUUAACUAAAACUACAUUAGGGUAUGCGUAUUCAGAUAUUAGACACAGUAUCCUAAUCGAUUAUUAAACUAUUCUUUCAGUACUAUAUACUAUUAUGCUACUGUUAGCAACUUCCCUCUUUAUUGGACUAUCAACCACAUGAAAUGAACAAAGUCACCAAAUGCCGCUGUUGACUUAAAACAUGUGAAAAGAGCUACGAAUUGCAAGCUUCGAGAAUAAAUUAUCCGAAAGGUACCAUUAAUGAGAGACUUCAAAUAUAGACCUUUAAGCCUAAAAACCUAUUUAGAUGACUCGAAGCAUUUAAGUUUGACCUUUUUUUGUUUUCCGUUCGGUGUUCAGUACCCGCAUUGGGGUCCGAUUAAAUCUAAAUCCGCGCCGUAAAGUUCUACGUUUGAGGGUAAUGCGUUUUCUAACAAAGUCGACUCUAUAAUCAGGACUCGAACUUGAAACAUCUAGUUAAGGAUGAAGAAAUAUUUAACACUCUACCAAAACCAUUGUUGGUAUUUAAGUUUGACCUAUGGGAUGAUCUUUGGUCAAUGCAAGCCCUCAACUUUCAGUUAUCGGAUUUUCGUAUA